UAACACAGCUACAGAAAGAUCUGGAAGAGGUAAAGUUGUUGCUGGAAAAGGCCACUAGAAAAAGAGUGCGUGAUGUCCUUACAGCUGAAAAAUCCAAGAUUGAGACAGAAAUCAAGAACAAGAUGCAACAGAAGGCACAGGGGAAAGCAGACCCUCUUGACAAUGAAAAGCCAGCGGCUGUGGUUGCUCCUAUUUCAAUGGGAUAUACUGUGAAAAUCAGUAAUUAUGGCUGGGAUCAGUCAGAUAAGUUUGUGAAAAUCUACAUCACCUUACCUGGAGUCCAUCAAGUGCCCCCUGAGAAUGUGCAGGUGCAUUUCACAGAGAGGUCAUUUGAUCUUCUGGUAAAGAAUCUAAAUGGGAAGAGUUACUCCAUGAUCGUGAACAACCUCUUGAAACCUAUCUCUGUGGAUGGCAGUUCAAAAAAGGUCAAGACUGAUACAGUCCUUAUCUUGUGUAGAAAGAAAGCUGAAAACACAAGGUGGGACUAUCUGACUCAGGUUGAAAAAGAAUGCAAAGAGAAAGAAAAACCUUCUUAUGACACGGAAUCAGAUCCUAGCGAGGGACUGAUGAAUGUUCUAAAGAAAAUUUAUGAAGAUGGAGAUGAUGAUAUGAAGCGAACCAUUAAUAAAGCCUGGGUAGAAUCAAGAGAGAAGCAAGCCAAAGGAGAUAUAGAAUUUUGAGACUUUUUAAGAUCCUUUUGGGAACUGUGAUGGGGAAAUAGUUUCCUGUAAGAGAACGUUGGUGAGCUGCACAGAUGAAAUUGACAUAUCUAUCUCAUAGGCUUCUUUAAGUAAAGGCAGUGAAUUCUCCAUUUCCUAUGGGAGGAUUUAUUUAAAUAUAAUAUGUUUAUUAAACACUUCCUCCAAAGAUAAUUUCAUCAGUACCUGGUCAUUUUGUUCAAAGGUGGAUUAUUACUGCAUUUUGCUUGAAAAUUUAAAAAGCAGGUCUUGCCUAAUAAAAGUGCCACAUUGUCUGU